AUGAAAUCCAGGGUUCUGUACUGUGAAGAAUAUUCGGUGCGGAAAUCGACUGGAAGAGACAGCGUCUGGCAAGACGAACUAUCCGAUUGUGAGCGGCACUGGGAAGUGAACGAGCUCCAGCAACAAGAAAGUGGUUUGUUUUUGAAUAAUAUCGAUGGAUUCCUCUAUCGAUUGAACGUUGGUGGGGGACAACAUGGCGGAGUUCACCCGCCCGGGUCGCUGCCAGCGGCCAUUCUCCUGUCGCGUUGGUCCAAAUACGUUCUGGUGCGGGGGGACCCCGAUAUCCCGACCAAUGCCAUCCCUCCGCAGGAGAUCAGCAAUUGGGUCAUUGACGAACUUGUGUCUGCCUUUGCUGAGGAAUACGAGGGCCCUCGGCCGGUUCAAGCCGAGGAGCGUGAUGACGCGAACCCUGGAUUCAUCGGACGAGGUGGACCGUCUACCUCCGCGGAAUCAACACCCAGGACCUGGUGGACUGCGUUCAGGCGCCCGACGCGGAGUCAUCCGACCCGACUGAAAUGGCUGCCCGCGCGAUAUGGGAUGCCAUGCCCAUCGUAG